GGGUGCAGUUCCGAUGUUGCCGACGGAUACGUAGAGUGCGUCUGAUGUGCUUGCCAUGGCUGCUGAGGAAUUGGUUAACUUUAACUUCUCUUUUUUUUGCUUAGGAAAAAAAAGGCCGUAAAAAAAAAAGAAAAGAAUGACAUCACGUUUGUGACGGGCAAAUCGCUAAAGGAGUAAUGCUAUGUACACCAUUUAUCCACGUCAGCCCUUUUGGGGAAAUGGUGUUAAUAGCUCCGUUCCUGUGGGUUGCGUAAGUGGAAACGCGACGGAGUGAGUUUGAUAUUUGUUCUCUCUUUUAUAUAUAUACACGCAUAUAUAUUGUUCUCUACCACAAUGGCUAACUUGGAAGAUGCAUCAUUAUGGAAAGAACAAGAAGGCGAAGACGCUGUUGAUCAGGAGAUUCUACGACUAGCACCUGAAGAAGUCAACAACCGCACACGUCUUUUGGAGAAUGACAUAAAGGUCAUGCGUUCAGAAAUCACCCGGAUUUCGCAUGAGCAGGCCAACAUGAAGGAACGCAUAAAAGAUAACGCUGAAAAGAUUAAGAUGAAUAAACAAUUACCUUACCUCGUUGGCAAUGUAGUCGAGUUACUCGAUGUGGAUCCGGAUGAGGAAGAAGAGGAAGGAGCAAAUGUCGAUCUUGAUUCCACAAGGAAAGGAAAAUGUGCUGUUAUCAAAACUUCUACUCGUCAGACCAUAUUUUUACCAUUGAUUGGCUUAGUUGAUCCCGAGACACUGAAGCCAGGAGACAUUAUUGGUGUUAACAAGGAUAGUUAUUUGAUUCUAGACACUCUUCCUGCAGAAUACGAUUCUCGGGUAAAAGCGAUGGAGGUGGAUGAGAAGCCAACCGAGGAUUAUAAUGAUAUUGGCGGUUUGGACAAGCAGAUUGAAGAAUUGGUUGAAGCAGUAGUAUUGCCAAUGACACAUGCAGACCGCUUCAAAAAUAUUGGUAUCAGACCCCCAAAAGGUGUUUUGAUGUAUGGUCCCCCUGGUACAGGAAAGACCUUAUUAGCCAGAGCAUGUGCAGCACAAACCAACUCCACCUAUCUCAAGUUAGCAGGCCCUCAAUUAGUACAGAUGUUUAUUGGUGAUGGUGCUAAGCUUGUUCGUGAUGCAUUUGAACUUGCAAAAGAAAAGGCGCCUACUAUCAUCUUUAUCGAUGAAUUGGAUGCCAUUGGUACAAAGCGUUUCGAUUCCGAAAAAUCGGGUGAUCGUGAAGUCCAGCGUACUAUGUUGGAGUUAUUGAACCAGUUAGAUGGAUUCUCAUCUGAUGAACGCAUCAAGGUCAUUGCAGCUACUAAUCGCAUUGAUAUCCUUGACCCUGCUCUUUUGAGAUCUGGUCGAUUGGAUCGUAAGAUUGAGUUCCCCCUCCCAAAUGAAGAAGGAAGAGCACGCAUUAUCCAAAUUCAUUCUAGAAAAAUGAAUGUUAGCAAAGACGUGAACUUCCAGGAACUCUCGAGAUGCUGUGAUGAAUUUAAUGGUGCACAGUGUAAAGCUGUCUGUGUAGAAAGUGGUAUGCUUGCGUUACGAAGAGGAGCUGUCGAGAUUACACAUGAAGAUUUUAUGGAUGCUAUUCAAGAAGUGCAGGCUAAAAAGAAGAUGACCCUGCAGUACUAUGCCUAAAAAUCCAGUACUACCUUCCUCUACCUAUCCCUACCAACUUUCAUUCAUUUCCUUACAUAUAUAUAUAUCUCUAUUUUUUUCUACAUCGCCAAUAAAAUUUUCCUUACAAGGC